GGCGGUUACGUCAUCAGCGAGCGCCGAGGUUACAGCGAGGACUUGAGGGAGGAGAUCGCCCCCACGCCCAAUAAGGCCUCUUCCCAUGAUCCUCUCCUUUUCUUCACCAUCUUUCCUUCUUCCCCGCAGCUGCCGCCAUGAAGGUCGAGCUGUGCAGUUUCAGCGGGUACAAGAUCUACCCCGGACACGGGAGGCGCUACGCCAGGACCGACGGGAAGGUUUUCCAAUUUCUUAAUGCAAAAUGCGAAUCAGCUUUCCUUUCCAAGAGGAAUCCUCGGCAGAUAAACUGGACUGUCCUCUACAGAAGAAAGCACAAAAAGGGACAGUCAGAAGAAAUUCAAAAGAAAAGAACCCGCCGUGCAGUCAAAUUCCAGAGGGCCAUCACUGGUGCAUCUCUUGCUGAUAUAAUGGCCAAACGGAAUCAGAAACCGGAAGUUAGGAAGGCUCAACGAGAACAAGCUAUCAGGGCUGCCAAGGAAGCAAAAAAGGCUAAACAAGCAUCUAAAAAGACAGCAAUGGCGGCUGCUAAGGCUCCUACAAAGACAGCACCUAAGCAAAAGAUUGUGAAGCCUGUGAAAGUUUCCGCACCCCGAGUCGGUGGAAAACGCUAAGUUGGCAGAUCAGAUUUUUAAAUAAAGAUCUGACUAUAACUAAA